GCGCAAUUUAGUCUGAUUUUAUACACUUAAGUUUUUAUAUGGAAACGAAAGCGUUUUGGUGACGACCUAAGCUGUGACAUGGGUGGUCAGGUCGUGAUAUUGGAGUAUGUUCUGUUUCUUGCCUCAAAGUCAAGAUUUGGAGUCAAAAGUCACGGCCUAGACUGGGACAUGGCUCCCUCAGACUCAGAUAAUGACAUGGAUGGUCAGAUCGUGACAUUAGAGUAUGCUACUAUUUCUCGCCUCAAAGUUACGGUUUGGAUUCAAAAGUCAUGGCAUGCACCUGAAGAUCUAGUUUGACCGCACCGAUUAUAUUGCGGUUGAAGAUGUCGCGCGGUCCAAGUAACAUGUGGUGUGGUGCAGUUUGUGUCAAUACGGUGUGGUGUGAUUCGACCACUCCAAUUGCCCACCCCUAGUUUCUAGUGCACAUCACGGCCUUCGAGCGUGACCAGAGGGAUGGUCACGGCCUCCAAGGAUGACAUUUGGCAAAUCGACACAGUGAGGCAUAUCAAGCCGACCUCCCAGCCAUGACGUGUAAAUUGUCACUAAAUCGUUAAGAACUCUGCGUCUUGCCUUUGUUCAUGACCAUAGAUAUCAUAAUUUUGAUCUUGAGAUCACGAUGAUGAUUUGUAUGUUGCGGUCGUGAUCUUUUUCGCAGUCGAAAUCCUCCUUAACCGCCACUUUACCCGCGAGGCAUUCUGUCCAAUUCGUGGGUUGUCUCUUGGAGUUUGCAGCAUAACACUAGAUUCAUAGUCGUGAACUUGGUCAUGACCUGGAGGUCACAGUUGUGACAGUGGCGGUGAACUGUGCGAUUUCCUCCUUUCUUGCUCCUUAUGCGAUGCGAAUAUGCUAAGAUGAACCCAAAUCGAUCACCAUCGACCUGAAAUAUCAUCACAAACACCAAGCAAUUAUAAAAUAUGACGAAGUAGGGUGGUUUCCCUACGAAAAACCUUCAUCUCAACCUAACUCAUGUCAAAACUCAUGAUCAACGUAUGGAAACACAUAUUAGCAUAAAUUAGCUUGUAUUGUAACCUAAAUGUGAUAAUUUAGCACCAUAGUAGUCAAAAUCUUGAUUUUACGUAAACCAAAAAAUGGUGGUAAAAUCGGAAUUGUAAAAUCGUAGGAUUUUUAGGUCCAAUUAAAAACGAAGAUGGAAUAAUAUUCAUAAGGAAAAUCAUGAAUAAUAUAAAUACAUGACACUUAAAAUUAAUAAUUUCUCAAGGUUAAUGUUCCAAUAUAUCAAAACUAAUAUUGGGAAGUAUUGAAUCGAUGAUGAUUAAUACGUUAAUGUGAAUCGAUGAUGGUCGAUGGUGGUUAGCAUGAGAGAACUAGAUGAUGUUCGUGAAGGAGAAGGAAAAAGGUGUAAUUUUGCAAAUUCUGGGAAAAAUAAGUAAAAUUGACCCAAAGAUUUGAAUCGUAAGAUUUUAAAGAUUCUAAUGAUUUAAAUCGUGGAUAGUGUAGGAUUUUAAGAUCCAUAAAUUUUAUAGUGAAAUCAAGAUCGGAACAAGUAAAUAAAAUCAUAGAAUUUUAGAAUUUAAAUCGGAAUUUUGACUGCUUUGUUUAGCACACAAACGCCUCAAAAAUAGACAUUAUAUCAAACAAAUUUAGGUGGUAUCAGUAAUGCUGAUAAUUAGAUCUAUUACCUAAAUUAAAAUCAAACCCAAUAAAAUAAACUAGAAUAUGCAUUCCUCUAAUAAGGCCUCUAGGUCAUCUAAUCAAUGUAUGAUACAUUCAACAUACAUCAACAAGAACUAACCAAGGAUUAAUUCAUGCAACAUUAAGGUAUUUCAUGCAUUAAGGUAUUUCAUGCCUUACAUCCCUACUGUGACCUUGUCUAUGAAGUGUAAAACGCUGCCGAAUCAUUGAAAACUCAGUGUCUUAACUUCGUUCACGACCACCAAGGUCACAAUCUUGAUCUUGAGAUUACGGUAGUGAUAUGUAAGUCACAGUCGUGAUCUUUUUCAGGGCCGUGAUCCUCGUAGGUCGUGAGACAUUUUUUCCUAUUUCGUUGGUUCCCUCUUGGAGUUCGCGUCAUGGGCUCAUGGCCUGAAGUUACAUGGUAUCAGACGCUCUAAAUUGACUUUAGUGGUGUCCUUCUCUCAAUUCUUAAAGUUUAAUGGUAUGGGCUGUAUUUCUCUCCCACUGUGACCGUGACCUGUGCAAUUUCCACCUUUCUUGCCCCUUAUGCGAUGCAAAUAUGCUCAGAUGAAACCCAAAUAGAUCUUCGGUCGAUUAUAGACAGGUUUAAGUGUUAUACGACAAAUCAAUGUGUCACAUAAAAAAUACAAGUGAAGCUCGUUAAUAUAAGGCAUCUUGAGAAGGAAUCAAAAAGUAAAUUCGUGUGGGUUUUGGCCCAAAACGGAUAAUAUCGUACUAAAUGAGUCACCCUAUCUCGGCAAGUGAUAUCAUAGCCUGGUUCGGAUUCGACACGGGACAGUGGACAUCAGUUUGGUGAGACCCUCAUUCAUUGACCUCGAGAUUUGAGAUUUGCAUAUGUUUGACGGAUCAAAGGAGAUCUGUGUCUGUCUGGCAUAUCAAGGAUAUUCUAUGUCUGGUAAUUGUUGUGUCCAAAACUUGUCGAUACAAGGUGUCUGGCAAAUCAAGAUAAUCAUUGAUAGAGGACACGUAGUUCGUAGUCCUUGUCUUGAGGGGAGGAUUGUUAUGAGACCAUUCAACCACCUCAUAAAGUACAUGUGAAGGAGGUGUCCACCUAGCUCAUUAGUAUGAUGUCUUUUAGGAGGAUACCCACAAGUAAAUCUGUGUAGACUUGACUGAAAGCAGACAAUAUCAUACUAUUGAAAUUAUCUUGUCUCGAGAAUAAGACCUCAUUGCAACCAACUCCUCUCAAACCUCAUUAUCAAUGUAAAGAAACGCAAAUUAGUUAGUCUAAAUUAGCUUGCAAUGUGACCUGAACACGGAUAAUUUAGCUCUUCAACACCUCGAGAAUAGAAAUUAUAUAACCAAUUUUAAUCUCACGGAUAAUGAAAUCUAGUAUCUAAAUUAACAUUGCACACAAUAAAAUAACCUAGAAUAUGCAUUCGUCAUUUCCCUUCCCACCGCCCCAUCCCAUACGCAGUGGAUGAGGAUAAGGCCGACUUUGGAAGACUUUAUUGCUUUUUUUUUUCCCCAUAUUAUUACAUUAAUUAAUUUACUUCGCAACAAUAUCCUUUCAAUUUUAUAUUUCUUACCCUUUUCUCCCCUUUUUUUUCUGUCGCUGGGUGGCAACAACUGUAGUAUUUAUAUGAGAAAUCAAUAAACGUAAGAAACCUCCGUCUGCUUUUUUUCUUUCCCCCAAAUGCGAACGACGAUCUCAUCUCUCUGAAAUCUGAAUUUAACAGGAAACAGAAACUCAAUUGAGGAAGUUGCUGUGUUCGCACCCCUUCCAUAUCCGGAGAGGAUCAAUCAAUCAAAAUAUAGAAGACGCCCUAAAGCUUCAGCUGCCGUCAUUAUUCGACUUGAUAAUAAAGGCAGUGAGAGUAGUGGCGGUGGGAUUUUUUAACUUACCAUGCCGAUAGCAUUACAGAGACAAGGGAGUAUGCCGGAGAUCCAACGCCGUCGCGCGACCGAGCCGGGGAUCGGCGGUGCCGCCUUCGUCCCUGCUUCCGCGAUGCUACCGCGAAACAAGGAUGCGGCUGCAGAGGAAGGGAGUGAUCGAGAGUAUACUCCGUCUCCGGAGUCGUCUUCAACGUCGUCGUCGUCGAUCGGGAAGGAUAGCGAUGAGUGCGAGGGCAAGGAGGAGGAAGAUGAGAACGAGGUAGAGAGCUCGUUUAGAGGACCGACGAGUCUUGAUCUGGGUGCUUUGGAACAAAGCCUCACUGAUUCUGAUUGGCGGAAAGGACUGUCGAGGUGCUACGUAGGGAAAGCCAAGUCGUUUUCAGAUCUGGGCAAGGCGGAAUCGAUUACUGAUAUCAGCGAGCUCGAGAAAACGGAGCAUGCUGUCAACAAGAGGCGGAGGAGCGAGAUUGCUCUUGCACAGGUUUGGGACCGGAGCGGGGGCGCGACGAUUUCCAAGCGGAGCAUCACAUCCAGCGCAAGUGCGAUAUCUCUGACUAUGGCCGCCGCCAUGGGAGAAGGCUGCGGCGGCGCCGCCGUGGGUGAGGACCGGUCUCAUAAUUUUCGCAAUCAUCGUCUGCACCACCACCCUAAACAUCUUCCUCCGCUCUACCCUGGCGGAUCAUCUUCGCAUAUGGUUCUUGAAGCCCUGCAGACUCCGAAGCAGCAGCAGCAGCAGCAGCGCUCUUCUCCGAUGCGAUCCUUCUCGAUGGCUGAUCUACAUUACUUCGCCCCUGCUCCUACAAACUCCCACUAACAAGCUAAUCCCCCCCCUUUCGUAUCUUGCUUUUACUGUCAUGUUGCGCCCUGUUCUCGACCUAAUCACAGACCAAUCUCUGGUUCAUGAGUUCAAUUUGCUUUGUCAAAUUUAGCGUUGCUCCAGCCUGUUCUGUUACCAACUUCAAUCGCAGUCAUUCCUGGUGCAAGUAAUAGCAAGAAACGAAAUAGGCUGAAAAUUUGUCUUAACCUUCCCUUAAUGGUCAAGAUGUACAAUUGAAAAUUGAUUCGUCCCGUUCUUAUCUACUUCUUGAUUCUGUCUGACCUUUAGGGAUUGUAAGUGGAACGGGUCGGGGACAAGCCACUGGAUCAAUCAACACACUACUAUUUUACAAAUUAUGUUUUGGUAUUUAAAAUUAUUUUUUUUAACAAUUUAGUACCUAAAUUUAGUUUUUUACAUAUAGGUCCAUAAAUUUUGAUGGUAAAU